UGUCCCAGUCCUAGGAAAUUUGUCGGGAAAAUUCCUUUUAUUUGUAUCAGAGCCUGCGUUUAAUUUACAGGGACUACCGAGGUACAGUCCGACGCGUAGAACGCUAUAAAUAUAAUCGAUAAUUUGGUUCUAUGUUAGUGUGUACCGAGCCGUAACGCUAACUCCGUGCGAUUUCGAGAUUUCGCUGCUUUACACAGCAUUACAGUUGGAAUUACUUUGUUUUAGGCCAUAAUGAGUGCAAUAGCGCAACAAGAAUCCUUGGUGAAGGAGAGUCUCUUUCAUUUUAUUACCAGAAACAUUCCCUCGGCCGAUUUAAAUGUAAUUGAUGAUAUAGUGCUCUCCUAUGUGAUUUCCAUACUUGAAGAGGCUUCCCAAGACCCCUGCUUCGAUGUCGAUGGUUUCGUAGAGAUGAUGGCCGCCUACAUGCCGGAGUUCUCUCGCAUCGAAAAAGCACAAGUGAGCUCGUGGGUGAUUGAGCUAGAAGCUGAGCUCUCACGUCGUGAUGAGACCGACUCACUCAACGAUGAUUCUGCAGGCAGCGACCGUAUCAACCUCACGCUGCAGAGCCUUAGCGAGAUGCUGCCUCCAGCCGCCCCGGCCAAGGCUGUUCGAUCUCACACCAACUCUGAGAGUUCUGAGGGAGCGGAGGGCGGUCGUCGUGCUCCUAUGAUGGAUGGUGAUGAACUCUCCGCUCAGUGCGGAGUGUUGCAGGAGAUGUUCCCGAACACUUGCACCAUGGAGAUCAAGCACUGCGUAUCCAUAGCCAACGGUGACGUCGAACGCGCGGCCGCCACGCUGCUACACCGGCGCGAGCAAGGACAAGCGCUGUCGGCGGCCGCCUUGCACACCGUGACGUCACGCCAGCCGCUGUGCGACGACAGCGAGCUCAAGAGCCGUAUUAUCGCGCGUUACUCCUACGUGGACAAGAAUUCUGACCAAAAGGAGCACAAGCCGCUCGCUCCAAAGAUAGAGCCGAAGAAGAUGGUCCGCUACAGAGACAACAAGAUCGUCUCGCUCAAGGGGGAGAGGUACACUGAGGUGCCAAGAUCCGGAGCCGACGAGGAGCAGUUAAAGAAGCCCAAAAAACAGCAUUGCCCUUAACCAUUACAACCACGUCAGUACGGUAACGCGGCCCUGCCCGCUUCAUCCUCCGCACGCCCCUCCCCUGUGACGUCACGCGACGCCCGCGCACACGUUAAUAUAAGCCCUAGUUUGCAGGAUUUUGAACGUUAUCACCUUGAGAAUAAGACGCGUUUUUCAACGGAUAGUAAAAGGCCAGAACACUCUAAGAUUGUGUCCGAUUUGCAGGAAUUUGAACGUUAUUGCUUUGAGAAUAAGACGCGUUUUUCAACGGAUAGUAAAAGGCCAGAACAUUCUAAGAUUGUGUCCGAUUUGCAGGAUUUUGAACGUUAUUGCUUUGAGAAUAAGACGCGUUUUGCAACGGCUGAAAAAUGUCUAGAAGUGCGCACGAAAAUAUACUUUGAUAAUGUUUCGGAUUUGCAGGAUUUUGAACGUCAUCACCUUGAGAAUAAAACACGUUUUGCGACGCAUAGUAAUAGGCUAGAUUUUAAGUGUCAUCGCUUUGAGAAUAACACGCGUUUUGCAACGGCUGAAAAAUGUCGAGAAGUGCGCACGAAAAUAUACUUUGAUAAUGUUUCGGAUUUGCAGUAUUUUGAACGUCAUCACCUUGAGAAUAAGACGCGUUUUCCAACGGAUAAUAAAUGUCGAAAAGUGCGUCUUAAUAAUGUUUCGGAAUCGCAGGAUUUUGAACGUCAUCACCUUGAGAAUAAGACGCGUUUUCCAACGGAUAAUAAAUGUCGAGAAGACACUUUACGCCUUAGUUUGAAGGAAUUUGAACGUUAUUGCUUUAAGAAUAACACGCGUUUUUCAACGGUAAAUGAAAGUAUAGAUAUGCGCACUAUAAUACACCUCAAUAACGCCACUGAUUUGCAGGAUUUUGAACUUCAUCACCUUGAGAAUAAGACGCGUUUUUCAACGGCAAAUAAAAGUCUAAAAGUGCGCUAUUGGCAUGAGGUUAAUAUUUCCAAUGUGCGCACGACUAUACACCUUAAUAAUGUUUCGGUUUCGCAGGAUUUUGAACGUCAUCGCUUUGAGAAUAAGACGCGUUUUGCAACGGCUAGUAAAAGUCGAUAUGUGCGUGAUUGGUAUGAGGUUAAUAUUUCCAAUGUGCGCACGAUCAUAGACUGUAACAUUUUGUCAGAUUUGCAGGAUUUUGGACGUCAUCACCUUGAGAAUAAGACGCGUUUUCCAACGGAUAAUAAAUGUCGAAAAGUGCGUCUUAAUAAUGUUUUGGAUUCGCAGGAAUUUGAACGUCAUCGCUUUGAGAAUAAGGCGCGUUUUGCAACGGCUAGUAAAAGUCGAUAUGUGCGUGAUUGGAAAGAGGGCAAUUUAAGUGCGAACGUGCGUCGCGCGAACGUCAUACUCCGUACUAUCUUUAUAUAUGUGUAUUUAAGUGUAAGUAGUGUAGUGUCUCUUGGCGUGGACAACGCCGUAGUAUAUACUAGUCAUAGUUCGAAUCUCAGCACAAUUUUGAGUGCCGUCAUUUUGACGGACGCGAUGACGGAUGCAUGGAAACGACGAGUGAGUAUCGUAUUGACAUUUCUGACGUUGACACACGUUUCAGCUAAUUUGACUGUCUUUGGAGCUUUAAUAUUGACACUGUCAAUGACCGACACGAACGCAUCUUUGACUGAAGCUCGGUCGGUUGUUACGCUGACAGCUAUCAAGAUGACAGACGUCACACUGACAGCUGUCAAGAUGGCAGACGUCACACUGACAGCUGUGAUUUUGGCGGUAUCGUCUGCCCUAGCGGUUUCAAUUUUAUUUAUAGCUACUCUUAGUGUAAUCGUUUUUCACGCCGCGUCGCACGCGGCACGCGUAUUGUUUGAAGCUUUAAAUGUCUACGUCAGAAUGACGGAUGACGGAUCGGUCGAUGGGGUGUCUACCGUCAAAAUGGGGGUGUUCUCUGUAUGUGUAUUCCAAUUAUACAACGGGCGUGCGUUUAUAAUAUGUGUGUGUGUUAGAAUAGGAGCGCGUGAUUCGUACGUUUUCUACCCGCUUUACGCCGUAUCUGAUUUUUACCCUCCGCCAGAAGGGGGGUUAUGUUUUUUUGUGUGGAAAUUUGUUUUAAUGGACUUUAAAUUUAGGUUUGAUUAUUUAAAUGUAUUUAUUAUUAUCGAUAAGCUCUCUGAUAUUAAAAUGGCGGCUAGUGUGUGUGUAUCAUUGGACGAGCUAGUGUGCGUUUAUAAAAGUAUGUCGGACGCCAUUUUGAAUUUGAAAGCGUAUUGCCGUUUCGGUGAUUUUUCUUUAGUGUUAAGCGUAAUACCUGUGAUUUUUUAUUGUUAUUAUAAUUUUAUUAUCGACAACGUGAUUCCUAAUAUAGUUUUAUUGUUUUUGAAUUGGUCUGUGAUUCUGAUGCCAUUUUUUAUAGUAUGUUACCCGGUAAGCGGUUUUUACCCGACUGCGAAAGGAGGGUUAUGUUUUUUAGUUUAUAGUUUAGGUUCCAAUUUUAUCAACGUGGUUGGUGUUGUUUUUGAAACUGACAGUUUGGAAUUGUUGUGAUGGUUGUAUUUUUUAGUCUGACAACAAUUGUGAAUGGUUCUGGAAUCUAUGGGCUACAUUUCUAGCUCUCACCUGUAACCAUAAAGUUAAUUUUCUGAAUAAAGCAACAAACAACUGAGCGAGCGAGAUGUCACUAGCAGCAACACUGUGUGUUAAAAAGAGAUGCGUGAUGCCGUCGCCGUCACGUCAAACAGAACCGUUUUUGCAACUAUGUGACAGUUCAGAGGCACGCAGUGGCACGCUCAAAAUUUACACUCUGAUUUUUUUUUGGUAUAAAAAUUACCUUGAUCUCAAAAGUUUGGUGACGAGUAAUAUAUCUUAAUACUAUGCAAAUAAAGUUAAAAUUGACAUAACAUUCCAAACAAAUCCACGGACCAUUCGCAAUUUUGUACAAAUUAAAAAAUUGUACCAAUUUUUCAAAUAGACUGAUUUACUAAGAUCUCAUAGAAUGAGUAAAAAAAACUUAAUAUUUAUUUAUUUAUAUGUUAAAUGUAUUUAACUGACGGUGCAAAGGCAGCACCUCUUGUGGUAAAAUGCAAAAAUAAUUACUACAGGGUGUUAGGUAAAUGGGUAUAUGA